AUGGCCUGUAUACGCAAACAUUCACUCCAGAUCCCCCUCUCCAAGGACGAGUUGGACUGGUCGGUGGUUUAUCACAUGUUUCUAUUGUUUUACGCCUCUUAAAACGAUUCCAUUUCAGUAUGAGGGACUCCUCUUAUCAACAAUCCGCUUCUGGUUUCGAUGAUUCCUCCUCGAGUAAGUGAGUGUUUGUUUAUUGUAAGUAACGAGAACUAACUAACUGAAAAACGCGUGAAUUAUUUCAGAUAUCCCUCUGAGUGGGCGAGGAAUUAAAUCCGAGACCCGCGCUUCCUCAAAUUUGCUCAAAACUGCGCUUGCUAAUCGCAUUCAACCCAGGCUUCCACAAUCAGAUCAACAAUUAAAAGACAGAUCCUUCAAUGGCGUGGAGACUUACUUGAGAUCCCAACAACCCAAUGGAUUUUUGCAGGUAACAACCAUUCGAGCGCAGCAGAAGCGGAGAUGCGCUUUAAUAAUUCAAACUAUCUUAAGUUAAAAUUACAGGGUAACCGACGCCAGAUCACAACCCCACAGCGGGAAAGUAGACUUCCCCCUCCAUCUGCCAUCUCUUACAACCUAUCACGGGUAUCUAGAACAACAUCAGAGAGUGCUGUUCCAAUCUCCUCAAUCCUCGAACGAAGAGAUUCUUCUCAAAGUGACAGCAGUCGAGGCUCCAAUGUUCCGAAAAGUGUGACAUUCAAUGACAAAGUAAGCAUUAUCAGAAUAAAACAAUGAUUCAGGUGGAAAUAAAUGAAAUCGAAAGAAAGUACGACGAUGAGGGAAUGGACUCCAUCAACCCUCAUUUCGAAUUCAUCAACGAAACCCUUCUCAACAACGGCGGGAAAAUGCAAACGGAGAAAAACAACGAGAGCCUCAACCCAAUGAGAAACCUCCUGCAACCAAUCAGAGAAGGGCUCCGAAGUUCUCCAUCGCUAAAUCUGGAUCUAGUCUACGAUGAAACAAGAGAAAGACCGGACUGGAUGAGUGACGAGGAGUGGAUGAUGCUCCAAUCGAUGUAUGUGCCGAGCAGAGAGACCUCCAAAGAUCCCUCUCCUCCACUUCGACUACCAACUGUUGAGGAUUAUCCGAAACAAGAAGUUGCCGAUGAAUUAGCAGCGCCCAGUCCCCCGCCUUUACCUGAUCCAUCCACAUUUAUUCCGAUUCCAUUGAAAGUCGAGGAAGACCAAGUUGAUUUGGAUCCGGCAAACAAUUCGUCUGGAGGACGACUUGUGAAUGAGGAAAGGAAGUGUUUUGAAGAUCGAGAAAUUCAAGCAAAGCCUCCAGCCAACCAGAUAUUGAACUUGGACUCGCUUCCAGUCUCCUUGGCUUUUUCGAAUCCAACAAUUUCACAGUAAGUUAUUCAUAUAAAUUCAUAAUAUAAAAGCAAGGGCACCUACUGGCUAGGUACUAGGGUUGUUAAGUUGCCAACUCAGUCACGUUGUCAAACUGCCGUCAUUUCCGUCAUGUCAAAUUGUUCUGUCAUUUCGUUUGUCAAAUUGAACUUUUUUGGAAGUUUUUUGCAGAUUUUUGCUAUUAUAAAAAACUUUAGGAACUAAAUUGCUCCUUCUUGUCAAAAUGACCGAUGAAAAAAAACUAGUUACGAUUAAUAUUAACGGUAUUCAUCAUGAUCUCGCCUUUAAAAGCUUCUCGAGGUGAAACUACAGGAAAACCAAAAUUUGAGGAUUUUUUGGAAGCUAUAGAAAAUCGGAAUAGUUCCGUUUUUUCGGAUUUUUGCGUUAGUGCACGCACAAAAAGCAAAAAUAUCCGGAGAAUUUUAUCCUAUGUUCGUCAGUAUGCAGCAAAGCGUACUGUAUGGAAUUUUCAUAAGUAUAGUACUGCAGGGAGUACUGCAAUUUUUAGCCUCAUUUUAUAAAGACGGCCGCGGUUAUGAUCAAUUGUUCGCGUCCCGACAUUUCGGGUCAGGGACAACUCGGGUCGCGACAAUUCGGGUCAACGACAACUCGGGUCAACGACACCUCGGGUCAACGACACUUCGGGUCAACGAUGCCGUUUAAUAUUUUCGCUUCGGGACUUGGAAAAAAGAAUUUUUUGGAGAGUUUGAACAAAUUUUUGAAAUGUUUUCGCUUCCGGACGUGGGAAAAGGAUUUUUUUGUUCUGAAUGUUACAAUUUUAUUUUUUAUAAGGUACGAAUGUUAUUUCUUUAAUUUUUUAGAUAAAUAGUUAUUUUAGGGGUAACUGAGGUUAUUUUAAAAUUUUUUGGGAAAAUGGUGUUUAUAAGCGACGAGCAAAUAAAAAAAUCGUUAUGUGCAUACAAUCAUUACGACUAUCUUCUUACUCCACUCUCUGGCACUGUCUGCGUUUAAAUCCCGUGCUUCCAGUUAAAAACAUAGACAAUGGAUACGAUUUUCUUAUUUGCUCGUCGCUUAUACACUAUUUCCCUAAAAAAUUUAAAAAAUAAACCUCAAUUCUCCAAAAAAUUCUUUUUCCCAAGUUCCAAAGCGAAAAUAUUAAACGGCAUCGUUGACCCGAAGUGUCGUUGACCCGAGUUGUCCCUGACCCGAAAUGUCGUAGCGCCCAAUUGUUUAGAGACUAUUCCCAAGUGAUUUUUUAAAGGCAUUACUGGCAUACUCCACAUCGCAUGGUAGUAAAGUCUUGUGUAGAUGGUAAAAAGUAUAACGUCCUUGUGGUCCGUAAUAGUGUUUUAAAAUAACUGAACCAUGCCGCUUGCUCAAAGUGACCGGGAAAACUUUAGUUAUUUUAGGUGAUCAGAAAGUUCUGCCCAUCAAUUUUUCGAAAAUUUUCAUAACUCGCCUAAGGAUAGAGAUAGGGCCAACCACUUUGCGGGCAAAUUUUUUGCGGGCAGCCACUUUGCGGGCAGCCGACAUUUGCGGCCAGCACCGGCAUUGCGGGCAGCCUGGGAUAUUGUUUUUUCCUGUUGCCCGCAAAUGUCGGCUGCCCGCAAGUGUCGGUUGCCCGCAAAUGUCCCAGGCUGCCCGCAAAUGUGACCCCCCUUUUUUUGCCCGCAAAGUGGUUGCCCGCAAACUGGUUGCCCGCAAGUGUCGCGACGCCGUGGAAAAUGGACAGAGUGAAAUUGGACAGAAAAGAAAUAAAUAAAAAUAGUGACAUUUCGUACGAUUGCAGUGAAAGAAAUCCGUCCAAUUUCUACACUUCGUCCAAUUUGUUUCUGUCCAAUUUCACUCUGUCCAAUUUCCCCGAAGCCAGAAUAUCCAUUUUUCUUUUUGAACAUAAAAAAUCAAUAAAAUGCGUAGAAAUCCGCCUUAUUUUUCAGAAGGUCCCCGAUGUCUCCUCAAACUUCUCGAUCUCCGUUGGGAUUUUCGAAAGUCGGUGUUCAGAAUUCGAAUUCAGAAAAUGAUGCCCUUUCCUGCGCCCAACAACUCCCCCAACCCCCACUCAGGAGUUCAUCUUCUCCUCUAAGAUCUCCCCAAAUGUCUUCACUCAAGUCGACACUUACAAAGCCUUCCGCCCCAUCUUUGCCGAGGUCUCCAUCAACAAACUCAUCAGUUACACCACCUUCAUCCAAAAUAUUUGCAUCAAGGGCCUUUUCUCCUGCCAAUCGUGCCUUUAGUGCCUCAAGAUCUUCUCCGUCAUCACCCACAAGAGAAGUUCAUCAGCAACCACUAUCUCGACAAAUGCCUGGUUCAUUGAAUCGACUGGAAACACAAGAUUCAGCCUUCUUAUCCAAUACGCGGCAGACCCGCUAUCUUGGAACUAAUCAGAAUAUGUUGGUUUAUCCUCAUUCUGAAGGGCCAUCAACGUCGCAGAACUUACUUAAAAAUUCAACAAACUCAUCCAACAUCAACACUUUGAAUUCCCAUUCUUACCAGUCGAUAGAUUCCAGUAACGAUCCAGUGAAUCGGACAACAACGUCACCUUCUAGUCUGUCCGUCAGCCCAACUGGAAGGUAUAACUCGUUAAAUUCACCGACAAGGAGUUUGCCAAACUCAAAGGACCCCAUUGGCUCGGGUCACGAGCAAAGAAGUUCCCCUUUGUCCAUCAAUGCAAUCAACAGUCCAUCGACGAAUUCCUCUCCGGUCCGUCGACCCACCCAUCUUCCUCCGAUGCCAAAACCAGUUGGAAUGACCAGACCAGCCCAGUCCAAGCCCAAACUGAAGUCUCCUCUCGAUUUGGCCACCUCAUUUUACGAUAAUGUUGAUGCGGAGCAACAGAUUCAGUUCCAGCAUAAAUUUCUUCAGCAAUUUGGCCGUCAUCCAGCUCCGAUUGCAAGUCCAGAAGAAGCCGCUAGAUUGAAUCGCAAGAAUUCUUUAGAUUCAAACUUCUCUUCGGAUUCUCGGGAGUCGGUGGUUUCGGCGACAUCCCUCAAGGCCGAAGCCAGAAUCCGUCGAUUCUUUAAUUAUUGA